GCUGGACGGGACGUUAAGGUCUCUGUACACUUGACGGAGGCCUCGGUGUUUUGGUAUCAUGGUUGCGUUGUCGUAUGUUCGAUUCGUUAUAAUCGCACUGUGGCCCCACGUCGGCUCCUGUAUAGGAUGUGCUGCUCUUUGAAGCUGUUGUACAAAUAGCUGAGGACACAUGAAAAAUAGGUUGAAUAGGAUUGGAAUGAGUGCACAGCCCUGUUUCACAUGAUUGGAAAUGUCAAAUGGUGUUGAAGUGCCACUAAACAGGAUGAGAAGAUCAUGGAAGAGGCGAAUGAGAUGGAUGAAUUUCCCGGGACAAUUAACUUUGACUUUACAGCUGAACCUUGCUCUUAAGAAUAGGAUCCAUGUGUAAUUUGAACCUCAUCUCAGAAUAAAGCUGCGACAGUCUGACCCAGCUCAAGGGUCAGAAUUUCGAUUUGGAUCUUACUAUGCCAGUCACAUGGUGUUACAGCAACAGCCCUCUCGAGCUGUUGUCUGGGGAUAUGGUGUAGUGGGAGCAACAGUUAACGUGAGUGUUUGGGGAGAUGGUGGCAUUUAUAGUCGGCAGACUACUGCAGUGAAUGAAGUUGUAUCUCCUGGUGGUGGUAAUGCUGGUGUCUGGAAAGUUCUGCUCGAUCCUUUUCGUCCAGGUGGCCCGUUUUCGGUUAUUGCAGAACAGAGGAUCUCUGAGGCUACGGACAAGAUUAUUCUAGAAGAUGUGUAUUUUGGAGAUGUCUGGCUGUGUGGCGGGCAAAGCAAUAUGGAGAUGACAGUGUUACAGAUUAUUAAUGCAUCUGAAGAACUGUCUCUUGCUUCCCAUUAUCCAUAUAUCCGUCUAUUCCAAGCAGGAUGGAAAAUGGCAGAUCACGAACUCGAUGAUCUGGCCGGCAUCGCAGUGCAGUGGUCAGCUCCCAUGGCAGAAAUUCUUGGCCGGGGCAAUUUCACUUCGUUCUCAGCUGUUUGCUGGUUGUUUGGCCGAUACCUCUUUGAUAAGCUACGUUACCCUAUUGGGUUGGUAGAGUCAAGUUGGGGAGGCACACCUAUCGAGGCUUGGUCUUCCAAAAGAGCCCUCAGCAAAUGUAACCUUUCUUUCAAUGUUAGCAAUGGCAAUGAAGCCACUGGACCUCAUGAACCCAGUGUCCUGUGGAAUGCAAUGAUACAUCCAUUGAAGAGGAUGGCUAUCAAAGGGACCAUUUGGUAUCAAGGAGAAGAGAACGCAGCCUGGCAUAACGCUGAAUAUAACUGCACCUUUCCUGCUAUGAUUGAGGAUUGGAGGGAAACUUUUCAUCAAGGGUCUGAAGGUUCUACAGAAAUCAAUUUUCCUUUUGGGUUUGUCCAGCUUUCUACCUAUCACCAUAAAGUCCCAGACGAUUCCUUCCCUUGGAUUCGCUGGCAUCAAACGGCUGAUUUUGGUUAUGCUCCAAAUCCUAAAAUGAAAAGGACAUUCAUGGCAGUUGCAAUGGACCUGGGGGACGAGAAAUCUCCUUAUGGCACCAUUCAUCCGCGGUAUAAACAAGAAGUAGCCUACAGAUUAUACCUUGGUGCUCUUGCCAUAGCUUACGGAGAGACUGAAGUUGUUUUCCAAGGUCCUUUUCCAAAGCACUUCCAGCAAAAGAACUCCACAGAAUUGAGUAUCACCUAUUCGCAGGAACUUGCUGUACUGGAGCUCAGUAAAGAUGUGUUUGAGGUUCGAUGCUGUUCAAAGUGGUAUAAUUCGAACUGUAAGUGGGUUUCGGCCCCCAUGGUUAACAGUUCUGUCAACUUAGUGUUUUUGUCACUGGAAGAGUGCCAGCAGAAAGUGAACGGAAUUCGUUAUGCAUGGAGGGAAUGGCCCUGUAAUCUGAAGAAAUGUCCUCUAUACAGCAGAAGUUCUAAGUUGCCUGCCCCAACAUUCAUCAUACCCAAAAAUGAUCAUUUAUAAAAAAAAUCAUCAGAUGGAAUCAAAAGAUUCAAGUAACAAAGUGAGCUGGUUAGGUUAUAAAAUGCAUAUUGAUCCUUCUAUCAGCCCUUCAAAAAUUGAUUGUUCUUGUGACUCAUGUUCUUAUAUAAGAUUAAUUUUGAUUCAGCUGUCUUUUAGUGAUAUUGUGUGAUUUAGUGAUAUUGAUACAGUGAUAUUGAUUUUUUAAAAGUACAAAAUCUGAGAGAUCUCUGCAGGUGUAUUAUAUUUAGGUAUGGCCAUAUCACUCAUGCUUCUUAAGAUUAAUAUAUUUUCUAAUGCAUCUUUCCCAGGUGCUUCUGGUUCAUAUAUUCUACAUUUUGCUCUAGUAGUGAUUGUCUUGAGUUCCUGAUUCCUGGUAGAUCGGAAGAAAGGUGUGUAAUGCCCAAGGAUUGGGAACCCGCAAAGUAUGAUUUAAAAACUAAUGCAAAGUUCUUGAAACAUUUUUCCUGGAAUCAGUCUUAUUGCUUUGCUUUCUAACACUAGGAGUGCCAUAUUGCUGCUCCUUUACUACUUGUUACUCAAGUGGAUGUACAAAAAUAUUAAAGCACAAGGAACAGAAGCAGAAGGAGGCCAACUGCUCUUCAUUUGCUCUGCUGUUCACUAAAAUCACAAUUUGAUGCCAGUUUCUUGCACUAACAUAAUGUUUGUUAAUAUCUAAAAAUCUUACUGAUUUGUAUAAACUGUAUUUAGUAGUGAAGUCUCUAUAACCAUCUUGGGUGGAGUUCCAAAGAUUCAUUAACUUCUGGGUAAAGAGGUUUCUUCUUGUCUUGUUCCUGAAUGGAUGUCCCCUUAUUUUGAGCUUGUGACACCUGAUUCUAUUGCUCUGCCUGAGGGGAAAUCAUUUCUGCUGCAUCUGUCCUGUUACGUUCCUCAAGACUGAUACGGUGGCACAGCACCCAAGUCUAAUCCUGAGCUUGAAUGCUUUUUGUGUGGAGUUCACCCAGUGGAUUUUCUCCACAUGCCCCAGUUUCUCCCACAUUCCAAAGAUGGACUGAUAGUUUCACCAUUUAUUGUCAGUUAUCCUUGACCCAAAAUGUUAGCUCUGUUUCACUUCUCACAGCUGCUGCCUGACCUGUUGAGUGUUUCCAGCAUUUUGUGUUUUACGUAUUUCAGUUUUCUAACACAUUUUCAUGAACUAUUAGUUAUUUGUUACAAUAGGUUAAUGAAAAGAGUUGGAAUGUGUGAGAGUGCAUAACUUGCUGAGUGCGAGGAGACCUGGGACUAGCUAUUUCCCAUUUUGUGCCAUCUCGGAGCUAAGUGGAGAAAUGGCUUGUGAGCAAAUUAAUGCAAAAUCAAAUUAUUAUAACUUGCCAGCUUAAUGGCUGACUAGAUUCCCAUGUAGUGUUGCCUUUUUGCUGAACAUAACCAUGUUGCUCAGUCAUCAGGUGGAGGAGAGCAUAUUAUAUUACUGGCACUCACUCUGUGAGUUGUGAUAUUGAAGCAAUGAGAGCCAAUCAUAUUUUUGUUUGGCCGCUGAUAAUUUUAAGAUUUGAUACAGUCCAUCCAUCCAAUUUAAAUUGGGGGCAGUAGGAAAAGGAUGAGAGUUUACACUCUCAGUAGUUUAGAUUUGCACUAAAUGCAACUCAGGUACAGAACAUACAAAAUAGAAUGCAUUCACCUAAAUGAUGAAGUCAAAGCUGAGAAGAGUGCAAAGCAGUGGAAUCUUUAGAAGUUGAUGAGAAAAGGGGUGAAGUGACCAAACGUGCAAGUUACUUGCACUGAAAUGUAAUUGUUGCUCAGCCAAUGAAGAUGCAGUGAUGUACAUUGUGUUUACUAGUUGUUCACGUGUAGCAGCAGCAGCAGUAGGCGAGGAAGGGACUCCUGCUGCAGUAUUUGAACCUCCGUUGUCUGGAGAAAGGUCAGUGUAGGUAACUGGGCUGGGAGAGCAGUGAAAGGAACUGUGGCUGAUGCUCCUGCAAAAGAGAAAUACUCCUCAGUGGAAGAGUUGGAAAAGGCAUUUAAGCUUGGAUCUGCUCAUUAUCACUUCACCUCCUAUCCUGCUGCAGCUCUGAUGAAACAGAGUUCAUUGUUGUCAGUUUGCACUAUUUCUUUCAGUCAGAGUCCAGGUUUAUCACCGGCAUAUGUUGUGAAAUUUGUUAACUUUACAGCAGCAGUACAAUGCAAUGCAUGAUAAUAGAGAAAAUAACUGUGAAUUAGAAAAAAAAACUAUAUACCAAUAAAAUAGUUAAGUUAAAUAAGUAGUGUAAAAAUGGAACAAAAAAGUAGUGAGGUAGUGUCCAAGGCUUCAAUGUCCAUUUAGGAAUCGGAUGGCAGAGGGGAAAAAGCUGUUCCUGACUCACUGAGUGUGUGACUUCAGGCUUCUGUAUCUCAGUGGGGUCCUUAAUGAUGGACACUGCCUUUUUGAGGCAUCCUUCCUUGAUGUCCUGGAUACUACAGAGUCCAGUGCUCAUGAUUGAGCACUCAUUUUUGUUCACUGAAUAACAAAUAACACUGUAAUAACUGAGUUUCUCCUUGUUGAAGCCCUCACCUUGGGUUUCUUUAGAAGCUAAUUCUGUUUAUAAAUUUUCUAUCAUUUCUCUUCUCGGAUCCUCAAUUCCUUCAUCUUUAAGUAAUUUAACUGAUAAUUUUGUAGUUAAACACACCUUGAGGAUUUGGGUACAAUUUAGAAAAUAUUUUGGUUUAUUGAGUUUUUCACUUUCAAGUCCCAUUUUUUCUAACUGUUUUUUAAAACCUUCUAUGACUGAUGUAGUUUUUAAAAGAGUGGAAUAGAUUGGGUAUUAAAUGUUUUCAGGAUUUGUUUGUUGGAGUUAGUCUCUCUUCAUUUGAACAAUUGUCUGCUAAGUAUAGCCUACCCAAAACUAACUUUUUUCGAUAUUUACAAAUUAGAGACUUUCUGCGUUCUCAAGUACAUACAUUUCCUAAAAGUCCAGAUAAGAAUUUACUUGAUACAAUUUUUAAUUUGAAACCCUUCCAUAAUGGAUCUAUAUCUUUGCUGGGAAUGAGAAAUAUUUCUUUAGACAAUUUCUGAACCUAGACAAGAUUUUUUAAUAUUAUGGGGACCUUUUUUGAACUAUUUUCAAAAUCUUUGAUUUGCUAUUAAGCACAGAUAUUGGCUAACAAUAUGUUUUAUUAUAUGAUAAGGAUUUUUUCCUUUUUUUUAAACCAAACAGCUGUUUUAUUUUCUGGUAGUGGGUGUAGUUUUUUUUUGCAUAAUAAAAUUAUCUCUUUUCAAUAUUAUGUUUAAAUUUAAUGUAUACAGAUAUGGGGUAAUGAGACUAUAUUUGUAAUUCCAAUAUAUUGCAAUCAAUAUAUAUUAUAUCCUACUGUACUC